AUGGCUCGGCGUGGCGUGGAGCUAAGGGUUUUUGUUAAUGGUGGCUUCUCAGAAUGGCAAGAAUGGGGUCCAUGUACCAGAACAUGUGGCCAGGGAGUACAGGAGAGGAUACGGUUAUGUAGCAAUCCCCCUCCCGCAAAUGGGGGAAGACCAUGCAUGGGCAGGGACGUGGAUGUGAGAGCAUGCAACUUACCACCCUGCCCAGUGGAUGGAGGAUGGACAGGCUGGAGCAGUUGGUCACAGUGUUCAGCAACCUGUAGUGAAGGGAGCCGCCAGCGCACUCGUUCCUGCUUCUCUCCUCCUCCCCAGAAUGGUGGCAGAGUCUGUGUUGGGAAGGACACAGAGACAGAGCUAUGUCAGCUACCCCAGUGCCGAGCGGUUGCCACUCGAGUACGUGCCAGCCUCAUUGGAAUUAUCAAUGAUCAGGAUUUUGGACUAUCUUCGCUCAGUGCCAAUAUGACAGAGAAUAGCCGUUCUGGGGCUACCACAAUCACCAGCACUAUUGAAAACAUCCCUCCUUCUAUAGGUCCAUUGAUGAGAGUACUGCUGUCUAUGAUUGCCCCCCUUUACUGGUCUGGAGCAUUCCCCCACGAUGGUACUACCAAUGGUUUCUCCCUGACUAAGGGUGUCUUUCGCAAAGAGUCUCAGGUGGAGUUUGCAACAGGUCAGCAGCUACGUAUCACACAUAUCGCUCGAGGCCUGGAUGCUGAUGGCACACUCUGGUUUGACAUUGUGAUUAAUGGAUUUGUACCAGACACUCUGGCUUCUUCUGAUGUCAUUGUCCAGGAGUUCAGUGAGACCUAUGUACAGACUGGAGGCGGACAGAUAAAUGCUUGGUCUUCACCAACUUUCACCAAUGGUGCCAAUUACCUAACACUGCGCUGUAACCACACUGUGGAGUACAACUCAUCGCUGGGACGACAACCCAAACCUACCCAACGAGUGCACAUUAGUGCCAUUCGAUCUUCGUACGUUCCUGAAUCAGAGGAGCUUCACUUCCAGCUGACGGCCUCCCUCCAAGCAGGCUUGAAUGGAGGAGCAUGUCCUCUGGGCUUCAUACAGUCUGCAGACUCGUACUGUACAGAUGUGGAUGAGUGCGAGAUUCGCAGGCCAUGUUCC